AGGUACAACCAUUACUGUGAAGAAAUGCAAAUGGUAGUGAACUCAUACGAUGUGGGGAUGGGGUUGGGAGCAGCAGUGCCAUAUACAGCACUAGCGCAGAAGGCCAUGUCGCGACACUUUCGGUGUCUGAAAGUGGAGGCACAAUUGAAGCAGUCUUGCGACGUGUUGGGAGAGAAGGACUCGGCGGCAAGGGGCGGCACAGGGUCAGGAGGAGGAUUGACUACCAAAAGGGAAACUCCGAGGCUGAGACUGCUUGAGCAAAGCCUCAGGCAGCAAAGGAGGGCAUUCCACCAGAUGGAGCAAGAAGCAUGGAGGCCCCAAAGAGGCUUGCCCGAAUGCUCUGUCAACAUUUUGAGAGCUUGGCUUUUUGAGCAUUUCCUUCACCCGUACGUACGUUAAUUCCGAUAUGUAUGUGCUAUAUCUAGUUCUCUCUAUAGCUGUGACACUUGCAAAUCUAUUA